AUGUUCGCACACCGAAUAAUCUUCGUUCAAAAUACGAGCAGAACCUCACAAAGUGAAUCCGAUGCUACGAGAAACAUACUUGUUACUGGUGGCUUAGGCCGAUUGGGUAAAUCAGUGUGUUCCAAUUUGAUUCUUGCUGGCUAUUUCGUUAUUGUUCUGGAUGCUAAUAGUGACACCGAACAAUUCUUUGACGAAUUGACAUAUAAUGCUGUAGAUCAUGACCAAGUGAAAAUCUUCAUUGGUAAUAUUCAAAACCAUUCGAUUAUUCAUGCGAUUCGAGCACAAUAUAAGCGAAUACUCGGUGUAAUUCAUUUAGCGGGUAUUGAUCGUGAAGCUGAGUGUCAAGAGUUUAAAGAAGCUUGCUUUCGCAACAAUGUAGAAAGCACACAACGUUUUCUAGAAGCUUUUCAGUUGACUUUCGGUGGCAACGAGAAAGAUAGACCUUGGCUGAUUUACUUUUCGUCAUUCAACAUCUGUACGCGUCAACUUAAUUCGUAUUUGGCCGAGUCAAAAAUGAAUGUCGAACGCGUGAUACGAACAUUUUCCCAUUUAUUUUCUUCAAUCAUUAUUCUACGAUCAGCUGAAGUCUACGGUCUCUUCGACGAUUCCUCUGUUCGAAUCAUUCCAUAUUUUACUCGACAAGCCAUGACGGACAAUCCCAUCUCAUUAACAGAGCCAACGUUUGUUCGAUACUUUAUUUACGUUACAGAUGCCAUGCGUGUUUUGCUCGAAUUGAUUAGAAUGACCACUGCAACUAGCCAAUAUCAUCAGACAUCUUCCAUAUCAACAUAUUGUCUUUGUGCAUCGUCUAUUGAUCAGAAAUCGUUACUAUCGAUUAUUCUCAAAAUGACCAGUUCACAUGCUUUAGUUGGAACAGUGAAAGGAACGCAAAGCCUAGAAUCAAAGCGUCUAUACACUGAUGGAACAAUUUCUCCGAACUUUGCACACCUUUUCCAAUAUAAAAGCAUUGCAAAAGGUCUUUGGCAGUAUAUCGGUGAUAUUAAAAGAAGAGAUUUGCGCUUUGCGCAAGAUCUUCUCCGCAAUGAAUGCUUGAAAAAUCUUGUAGAGGCGUCAGAUUUUAACAAUUGUACAAUGUUGAUCUAUACCAAUAGUAAUAAACAUUCCAUGAUCACUUGUCGUAAUGAAACUCCAUGGCAUACAACCAGUAAAUUUUCCCCUGACUUUCGAUUCGUUUCUGCUAAUGUUAAGAACGUUCGUGGCAUGUCAGGGUAUUACAUUCAAUGUCACUCAGUCGGCUCUUCAUUUCUUCGCGUUGUAAACCAGACUGUGACAAAAUCAACUGACAAAAGCCUCUUCUUCUUUUCUUAUAUGCCAGAAAAUCGGUCGGUCGCACUACUCACUUAUAUAGAGAAGAAGACUGAUGAACUGUUCUCGGUACAACUGAACGGUUCUUUGAAGCAAUGGGACGGCUUUGAACAUCUAUAUUAUCUCUCGCCGUACUGCUGUGAAGGGAGAACUGACUUACCUCUAUUACAAGCGGACCAUCUUCUUCAGAAACAGAGGGAAUUGUCUUGGUACGAUGGGAUAAAAAAUUCCAGCACUAAUAAGUGUCAUCGCUUAAAAAUGUUUAUCGAUCAAGAAAUAACGGCGAGUGGAAACCGCACUUCAUGGAAGCAAGUACUUUACGCGUCGUUCGUGAAAGAGAGUUUACCCGUUGAUGCAGAUAGACCGCUAUGCGACAGAAAUUGUUCACUAUUCACAGGAUGUAUUCUCUUCGACAACUGUCGUUGCGUUGCUGAUCGAUGCUCUAGAAAGCAUCGCAAUACGCGUGAGUUGAUUUCUCAAUACAAAUUCAAAUCAAUCGAUCAAAUAAACUUUGCUCAGCUACCUUUCGAAACGGUACUCCAGCAUCGUUCGAAGCCCUUUUACCACUAUUUGAAUCUGCCACGAAUUCACGUACUUGAUGUGCCAUCAACGCUUGUUCCAUACUACAAUGACUCCAACCGCGAUCAUUUGCACGAAAAGCAUUGUUUCAACGUUGAUGACAUCAUUCUGCGAGGGCUGAAAAACAUCACAACGCCUAUAUCCAUUGCCGAACUUAUCGUGGUUCCUUUCUUCCACGGAUUCUACGUGCAUUACAAGUCUAUGUAUUACUGGAGACAAAUAUACUUAAUUCAACAGUUAAAAGCAUUGGUAAAUGACACUUUGGCUGCAAUUAACUCCACAGCAAAAACUGUAUUUGUUCUUUCGCAUGAUUCCGGUGGAUGCAUCGGAUUUGCCUGGGAUCACUUGGAACUUCUUCUCUCCUCGUACAACUAUCAACCUGCCGCAUUAUUCGACUCCUAUUUACUUCAACCCAAUGGCGAUUACAACACACAUUGCUACUAUCCACAUAAAGACAUUGUCAUUCCGCCUUUCACGUGUCUAACUCGCGAUCUUUUAAAUGCAUUUCACGAUCUCCAUCAUAUCAAACCUAUCUUGCAUCGACGAGUGUUCGCUUUUUUCAAAGGAACCAUAUGGGGAAAUGGUUUGACAACGCGAGCUCGUCUAUCCUGUCCUAAUUUAUGGAAGCAUACUUGGAAUCAAACAACACACGGCAUUACUCUAAUUCAAAGCUAUUACAACAAUUCGGAUUAUCUGACGACACUAAACGAAACACGAUUCUGUCUGAUAGUACCGGGUACGGUAGGAUGGUCUCCAAGAUUUGUCGAUGUGAUCUACGCCGGAUGUAUACCUGUAUUAAUAAGUUCAAAUACCCGUUACCCAUUCGAAGACAUUCUGGAUUACACAACAUUUUCCAUCCACGUGUCCGAAGAGCGUCUCGAUACACUCGAAGAAGAACUUCUCAGUUAUAAUGCGAACGAAUUACUAGCUAGACAGAGAAAUGUAUUAAAAGUACGAACUGCAUUCCUAUUCGAGAAUUACAGGAGUCCAGCCGAACAUUUAUAUGAUAAAAAUGAUCCUCUAUUUUUCAUGCUGCUUAGUCUGCGUUUGAGAUUGAACUUGAAAAUGAUCCAAUAA